AGCGGAGCUCCAGCCAUUGCUUUGCUCUGUAGCAUGCCCAGCCCUGGAGCCCGAUUCCCACAUAAUGAAAGGGACUAAUUGGGAUACAUCUGCAGGAUUCAGGGAAAAGCUGACAGGAAGGGAACUUUAAUUUAUCUUUUAAGCUGGAAAAAGAACCCAAAAACCAGCAGCCUCAGCCCCUUGGAGGGGUUGCUGUGGGUUGGGAUGCUCUGGUUGUGUGGAGGGAGCACUGGGCUGACUGGCCUGGAUACUCCCUGCCUUUGCUAUGGAUCCCAGCCCCAGAGCUCUGCCGACAGCUCACCUGGCACAGAUGGACACAGCCUUGGUACAUCUGCACCAACCUUCCUGCCCUCUUACCCCGGCAUCAUUCAGUGGGAGCACCCUUGGUCCCCCUCCUCUGCUGCCAGCUUCACCAUGGUGACUGUGGAGGAGAGUUUGGAGUGAGGAACACUGUCCCAAGGACAGGGGCUGUCUAUCUGACCUGAGUUACAAGCCUGCCAGAAAGGAUUUUUUCCUAUUAUUUCCCAGGAAGGUUAAAUGGGAAGAAUAAUACCCAUUGCUCGGGAAUACCCUAGCAGCUUGGUUUGUGCUGUGCAAAGCUGAGAUUACAAACCAGCAGCACAGCAUUGUUUCUGCAGGCUGCCAUCCCUGAAACCCUGCUCUGCCUUAGGAGGGAGGAAAUGUAUCAGAGAAAUCUGCCUGGUGCGAUGACCAGGCAUCAGCUGCCAGACCAAGAAGUGAAGGUAGGGGAUCACCUGGCUCUUUCUCUUCCCACAGGGCUGGAACCCUGCAUGCCCCUGCAGUGCUGGGGAACCCCUUUCCCAUGGGCCCAUGGCAUGGAGCCGGUUGAACACAGCAUCACACCCUGCAUCCCUGGCAAGGGCACUGACAGGAGAGGUUCCCCAGCCCUAGCUUCUUGCAGAUGCCUGUGAAGCUGCUGGAAGUGCCGGGGAAGCGGUGGGCAGAGCCUGGAGCCCGCGGCGGCACGGAACAAAUUGCAUCAGCUGGCAGCGUGGAGUCACUUAAACGAGAUAAGAAUUAGUGCGCAGCCUGAUGAACUCCCCUCGGCUGCCAGCAGCCGUGUCAGGCAGCGAGCGAGAGCAGAGCCGCCACUAAUUUGAUUUCUUGGCUCCGUUAGCGGCUGGCAAGUCACCUCCCGGGGAGUGCAGGCAGCUCCGAGCUGGUUCACCUUAUUGAAUCUGGGAGAUGGGAAUCACGGGCAGCGCCGCGGCGGCGCUGGGGACCCUGCCCCUCUCCCCCGGACGUGUGCCCAUGAAGGGCAGGGUGCAGCCGAGGGGACAGGGCUGCUCCAGUGGAGCCUCUGCUCCAGCAUCAUUAACUCUGAGUUUUCUCCCUUGGGUUUUACAUCUUCAUCUUAAAGAGAUUUUAAUGUAGUUCCUAUCAGCCCUCCUGUUAUUGGAUAUCUAAUUAGCGUGAUCUAUUAGGGCUUCAUAUUGCGGGUGGGAGGCUCUUGCAGGACGUUCUGCAGGGCUGGUGAUAUCAAUCGGCAGCGCCCGGAUCAGAUUUACUUUCCGAAAUGGCGUAAUGGGAUUUUAUUAGGCCUGUAAUCUGCCACACUGUAAUUGCUUUUCUGGGAAUCGAAGUGCUUGGCAUCUGGGGCUUCCUGCUGCUCAUCCCUGUGCCCCCUGCCCACAGCAUCUCGGUGCUGGAAUGGAAAACCCUCCCUGAGGCUAUGGAGCUGCUGGAGGAGCCACUCAUCCCCUAAAACAUUGUGAUGUUUUGCUGGUAGAGUCUCAGUCCCUGUUUGUGUGUCUUGGAACAAAUUUUUCAGCUUUUCAUCUCGAUUAAGGGCUUUUCCCCCAGGGUAGCCAGGUGCUAUGGAUGGCAAGUAGUGGACAUCAGCUGGUGCUGGUUGGCUGGUGGGGAAAGCACAGGAACAGCACAGAGUGGAUGGGAUGAGGGAUGCUCAACAUCCCUACUUAUGAUGCUCAGCCUUCCCCAUUGCCCUAUCUUGCCCUUAUCAGGACCCUUAUCAAGCCCUGUGCUGGUGUCAUUCCCAUAGCACCAAUAUCCCAGGAGCUCCACUGAGCUCCGUGCAGGACAGGAUGCUGCAGCCAGGUUGGGGACCAGGGAGGAAGGCCUUGGCUGCAGCAGAUGCAGAGCAGGCAGGAGAGAGAGGCAGGAAUCUCCUUUCAGAGCUCAUCCAGGGCGUCAAAAGCAAUAAAGCAUCACGGUGGAGCCCUGGCAGCACAGCUGCUGGCCAGCCCCAGCCCCAUCAGGUACCCGAGGCCGCCCAUUACGGAGCCUUGUGCUGCCUGAAUUGCAUGUCUGCUGUGAUUUAACACUGCGAGACAUGAAAUAAACACCUCAUGCAGGCAGGGCUGCCAGCACGGAUGGGAUGGCCACAGCCCCCACACUGGUGUGGUGCAGGGUCAGUAGGUCCUCAGCCUGGGAUCCCGGGGAUCUCACAUGGGGUAUGCUGCUCGCUUCCCAGCUCUAAGCCCACUCUCAGCAGAGAGCCCAAAGCUUCCAAAUUCCCCAGUGAAGGGGGAAGUGCUUUCCCUCCAGUUCUCCUCCCCAUUAGACACCCUCCAGGUGUUUGCAAUCUUCUGCCACCACUUCGUUGCCCAUUAAAGCCAGGCAGUAACCAGCACAUGGAGGGACUUGAAGCCCCUUUUUGCUAAUGAAGGAGAUCCAGCUCCUCAGAAGUUGGGCAGAAAUGGCCUUGCUGAUAGCCAGCCCCACUUGUUUGUUUUGCUGUGACUGUCUUUUGCUUUUUUUUCUUUCUGUUUUUUUAAAGGAGAUCUAUGGCUGAGCCUCACAGGGCAGGAUAGCAAAGGUGGGCUCCAGCUGCCUGCUGCUUUCUCAGCAGAGCCCCCAAGGGUGGAAUUGCAGCAGAGAUUUUGCACACUCCAGAACCAGGAGCCUGACAAGGAAGCCCCAGUGACAAGGCCACCAGCCAAGAGUGACACCGCCCAGAGCUGGGAUGCAACCAAGGGGCAACGAUAGAUCCCUCGUCCUGCUAGGAUUGCCAGAUGCUUUUAAACCAGCUGAAAGAGAUCACAGGAAUUCAAGACUCAGCUUUCCUCCAUGCUGCUCUAAAGGCUGCUAAUGGGGAUCUUAUGGAAGCUGUCACCUUCCUGACAGAGGAGCACGCUCAGGAGCCGUCUCGGGACACGGCUGCUGUGGAGCCGUCGGUGUGGGAAGGGAGCGCCGUGGGCAAACAGCUCCCACAAAAUGUUACUGCUGCACUUGUCCCAGACAACAGAGAUGACCUCAGUGCAGCUGAUGUCUUCAGACCACUGGAAGCACCAAAAGCUCAGGCUGCAGAGCGAGAUGCUGCUGCAAGACCACAGGAAGCACACUCUGCUGAAAACAAAAACCGCUCCAAAAGGAAACGCUGUGAAGUCUGGGGAGAGACCUCCAAGCAGAACAAUUGGAGGAGAGUGGGUGACUGGCCUGUUGGCAUGAAAAAUAUUGGAAAUACUUGUUGGUUCAGCUCUGUCAUACAGUCUCUGUUCCAGUUGCCUGAAUUUCGGAGGCUGGUUCUUGGGUACUCCCUACCUCCAAAUGUGCUUGAAAGUUGUCGUAGUCACACUGGAAAAAGAAAUGUUGCAUUCAUGCAAGAACUUCAGUGUCUGUUUGCUUUAAUGCUGGGGACACGUCGUAAGUUUGUAGACCCCUCUGCAGCACUGGAACUCUUGAGGGAUGCGUUUAGAUCCGCUGAAGAACAGCAGCAAGAUGUGAGUGAAUUUACACACAAGCUUCUGGACUGGCUGGAGGAUGCAUUCCAGCUUGCUGUGAACAUCAAGAGCCCUGGGGACAAAUCUGAAAACCCAAUGGUACAACUUUUCUAUGGUACUUUCUUGACAGAGGGUGUCCAUGAGGGCAAUACCUUUUCCAAGAUUGAAGCCUUUGGUCAGUACCCCCUUCAGGUAAAUGGUUAUCGGAACUUAAACGAGUGCUUGGAAGGAGCCAUGGUGGAGGGUGAGAUGGACGAGGCGACAGCAUCCCAGUCGGUGAAGUAUGGACAGGAGCGCUGGUUUACAAAACUCCCACCAGUACUGACCUUUGAACUCUCCCGAUUUGAGUUCAAUCAGUCCCUAGGACAGCCGGAGAAAAUUCACACCAAGCUAGAGUUUCCCCAGACUAUUUAUAUGGACAGGUACCUCUACUGCAGUAAAGAGCUUAUUCAGAUGAAGAGAGAAGAAAUGAAGAGGUUGAAGGAGAAAAUGGCGAUUCUACAACAGAAACUGGAAAGGUACAUGAAGUAUGGCUCUGGGCCAGCUCGCUUCCCUCUGCCCGACAUGCUCCAGUACGUUCUUGAGUUUAUCACCACCAAGCCAGCUGGAAUUAGUUCUGCUGCUCAGAGCUCUCAGACAGCAUUCCUGCAGUCCCAGGCUGAGCCUUGUGCCUUCGAUGUGCUUUCACAGUCAAAGGGCAUACUCGAGAGGAAAGACAAUAGGACUGAAGAUACAACUUUAUUUUUGGCAAAUCCCUCGUCACCACAGCAGAAACCAACUUCACCACUCCAGCCUUCUAAUCCUUCAGCAGAAAUGUCAGAAGAUCCAGCCCCUCACAUGGUUUCCCAGGAAGAGCUGAACCUCGUUCAGACUUGCCUGCAACGGUGGAGGAACGAGAUCGAACAGGAUGUGCAGGAUCUGAAAGAGUCUAUUACCAGAACCAACCUGUCCAUUGAACAAAUGUACUGUGACCCCCUCCUCCAACAGGUUCCCUACCAUUUGCAUGCUGUCCUGGUGCAUGAAGGGCAAGCAAAUGCUGGUCACUACUGGGCCUACAUAUAUGACCAGCCUCGAAAAAGCUGGCUGAAAUACAAUGACAUCUCAGUGACAGAAUCAUCGUGGGAAGAGCUGGAGAGAGAUUCAUUUGGUGGCUUGAGGAAUGCCAGUGCCUACUGCCUGAUGUACAUCAGUGAUAAGGUGUCCCGCCUUGUGUCAGACAAGGAUGAUGGCACAGAGCUUGGCCAAUUUCAGAAGGAAGUUGAAGCCUUGCCCCCAGAGCUGAGACACUACAUCCAGGAGGACAACUGGCGACUUGAGCAAGAGGCAGAGGAGUGGGAGGAGGAGCAAUCUUGCAAGAUUCCUCAAAUGGAGCCUUCACCUGCUUCCGAAUCGCAGGAACUCUCUUCUGAAUCAGGACCAGACCAGUCUUCCGCCUGUGAGCAGAGCAUGCACUCCCUCUCCUCCGAGCACGCCAUGAUUGCCAAAGAGCAGACUGCCAAGGCCAUCGCCAACACCGCUGACGCCUACGAGAAGAAUGGUGUGGAGGCAGCUCUCUGUGAGGCCAAGGAAGUAGAGCCAGUGAAGGCCCAGCCGAGAGAAACAGCCCUUACAGUUCAAGCAGAACCAGCCCAGGAUGCUGAGGAAACAGAGCCUGCUGCCCAGAGCAGCUCUCAGGUCUCUGAAGUGGAAAUCCCCAGUGUAGGGAAGAUUCCUGUUAGAUCCGAUGCAGACGGAUAUAACGAGGAGGUGAUGCUGAGUCCAGCCAUGCAAGGUGUCAUCCUGGCUAUUGCAAAAGCCCGCCAGACCUUUGAUCGAGAUGGGUCUGAAGCAGGGCUCGUGAAGGCGUUCCAUGAGGAGUAUUCCCGGCUCUACCUGCUGUCCAAGGAGACCCCUACCCCGCAGAACGACCCCCGGCUGCAGCAUGUCCUAGUUUACUUCUUGCAGAACAACGCUCCCCAGCAGGUGGUGGAACGGACCCUCCUCGAGCAGUUUGCAGACAAAAACCUCAGCUAUGAUGAAAGGUCCAUCAGCAUCAUGAAGGUGGCACAAGCAAAGCUGAGGGAGAUUGGUCCUGACGAUGUGGAUAUGGAGGAGUACAAGAGGUGGCACGAAGACUACAGCCUUUUCCGCAAGGUGUCCGUUUACCUGCUGACAGGCUUGGAGCUGUACCAGAAUGGAAAGUACCAGGAGUCACUCACCUACCUGGUCUACGCCUACCAAACCAACUCCAAGCUGCUGCUGAAAGGAGCCAACCGCGGAGUGAGCGAGUCGCUGAUUGCCUUGUACAGGAGGAAGUGUCUCUUGAAGCUGAACGAGUUGGCAGCGUCUCUCUUCGUCAGCUGUGAAGAAGCUCAUGUAGCAGAGGGCAUUAGCAUCCUGAAUGAGCUGAUCAUCCCCUGCAUGCACCUCAUGAACAACUUUGAUAUCAGCAAAGAGGACCUGGAUGCCAUCGAGGUCAUGAGAAACUGCUGGUGCUCCUAUCUGGGACGAGAGGACAUGGACGCCAAGCUGCAGAUGAAGUUGGGUGAAUUGCUGCCCCGGCUCCUGGACUCCUCCACCGAGGUGAUCGUUCUGAAGGAGCCCCCCAAGAUCCGGCCCAACUCCCCCUACGACCUCUGCAGCCGCUUUGCAGCCGUGAUGGAGUCCAUCCACGGUGCCUCAGCUGUCACUGUGCAGUAGCACCCCCAGACCUCCCUUCACAGCCCGGGCCACACCACUGGCCUCCUUCCAUCAGGCCGACUGGAGGGGAAAGGGAGAGAGGGGUGAUUGGAAGCCGUGUUCUUUGUAAAUACAAAUGAAUAAAAAGCAGUAUUGCACUUUUGAGAUGAAACGUUCAAUGGUGACAUGCAGGACCUGAACCACUGUUGCAGCCUGAGAGGCAGCCAGGUCCUUGGCAGCUCUGUCUGUCUGGCAUCCCCAGCCAUCCCAGCAGGUUUCCUUGGGUUUGCAGCUUUCUAGGAACAGACGUCUGAGCCUGUGAGGGCAGCAGAGCAAGAGGCAGCUCCUCCAGCCAGCUACUGUGGAUCUGUCAGCUGUGUUUACACCUUGCUAAACAAUGAGCUGCUGGAGACAAACCAUUCAGAUCUUGACCAGCUCCUGCAGUGAAGAGAGGGGCAGUGGCUCAUGUUCUGUCAUGUGUCCAGUUCAGUCAGAUCAAGUAUUUCCCUUUUGUAUUCUAACUGGCAAAAGAAAAUAUGUGCAGGAGUCUUCCUCGGAGAGCAAAAGAGUGGCAGUGAUAGGACAGGAUGGUAAGGACAGCAAGAGUUUAUAGAUGAAGGGAGAUUACAGCCCCUGUAGAAUGUUCCCCUUGAAUCAGAAAGCAAACUCAAUCCUGGUGGGUGAGUUUCAGUGCUGGGUUAGUGUAGAUGACCACUGUGAGGGCUGGAAUCAUCUUCUUUGCUGUUGGUGGUGAGCUUUUUGUAGUCGGCUAUGUGUAAAAACUGCCCCAUUUUGAUUCUCUUGUGCAGGCAGCCUGUACUUGGGUUUGAGCUGCAGCAGUUGUUACACACCAAAUGUUCUGAAUCGGUGGAGGGGAGAUCCUGUUUUUUAGGACUAUGCAGAUUUCUCUAAAAAGUGCAAUAAAAGCAUUUGUUCUAUGUUAGAAUUU